CUCAGCUGCGAAGGCUGCGAAUACACUUGAAAGAAUCACACGUGCAUGAAACGACCGUGAAUGUAAGUUUCGCGGUCUUGUGUGAGGUGUGACGUUUGUCUUCCGAUCGCUCAUAUCGAGUUUAAAAAACCGGUAGAUAGUAAUAAUACUCGACUCGUUCGAUAGCCCGAGGCGCGAGUGUGAAAGUGUCGCUCGUGAAAUGCCACGCCGGAGGAAUUUCUUGUUCGACAUGGUGGGAGCCCAAUCACUUCUCGUUUGUCAACAGUAACAAAAUUAAAAAAAUAAAAAGCUGAUUUCUCGUCCGUUACGUCCUCGGAUAACUACGAAGCUUCGUCAUGAGUGAAUCGAAAGUGGGAAGGUUAGAGAAUCAGGAGCUCCUGGUCGAUGUGGAUCCUUACUUAUUUGAUGCUAGCUUGCUCGAUCGCUUACCCAAUCAAAGACAGGAAAAUGGCCUGCUGGUUCGACCGCUGCGAUCCUCAGAUUAUGAAAAUGGCUUCCUCCAACUUCUGGGACAACUGACCGAAGUUGGUAACAUCAGUGAGGAGCAGUACCGGAGUUGUUUCGCAAAGAUGAAACGUGCAGGAGGUUACUACAUAGUGGUAGUCGAAGAUUUGAACAGUGGCAAAGUCAUUGCCAGUUCUUCAUUGGUCGUUGAGCAGAAAUUCAUACACAAUUGCGCUUUGAGAGGUCGUUUGGAAGACGUAGUCGUGAACAGCUCGUACAGAGGCAGACAACUGGGAAAACUGAUAGUAACAACGAUAUCGCAAUUGGCGAAACGAUUACAUUGUUACAAAUUGUCGCUAGAUUGUCGUGAUCGUCUUAUACCCUUUUACGAAAGCCUCGGUUUUGUCAGGGAACCGGGUAACGCAAACAGCAUGAAUAUACGAUUUGAAACAUACGUAGAACAAUCGCGUUUGUGACACAAUUAUUAGUCUCACGACGGAAUACCCAACGAUUAAUUUUCAUCCAUAAACACUGAGGUUUCUCCGUGAAACAGAAACGUGUGCGAUGUGUACCUGUGCGUAUCAUUUACUAUAUCAAAGUCCUCAUAAACUCGUACCUUACAAAGAACGCUUUGUGUAAAAAGUCGUUCUGGCCCGCCUCAACCAUCCGCUUAAAUGCGUUUGUACUAUAGUUUCCAUAAUCAAAUCUGAAUUUCUAGUGAACGAGCUUCUACAGGAAAAAAUACACAUCACACAUCGUACGAUGGAAUAAAGCAAAUUGGAAAAACAU